AUGUACCAGAAGUAUCGGGUUCUGCUAAUUCACAAGAUACAAAUAAAUAGUCUUACGUCACUUAAAAGAGAAGUCAGAGGACACAUUGAAAGGGCUCAACUUGGUACUAUUCAAAGGAGUUAUAUUCAGAGUCGAUCUUUGAAGCAAUUGAAUCUUUCAAACAACAAACACAUUUUGAAUACUAUACGAGAAAAGAGUGAAUCUGAAUAUCGAAAAAGGCUUAACAGGGAGACGCAAUCUGUAGAAGCACGCGGAACAAACAGAGACAUCGAAGUUAGGAAUAUACGGAAGGAAUUUGUAAACAAAUAUUAUGCUAGAGAUAAUAAAAUAGAGGGUCUUUUCAAAGAUACAUCCAACUUAGAUAAAGAUACUAAUCGAUCUGAACAAAGAUCACGGAUGUUCUUUAGAGAACCCAUACGAGCUCUACAUGGACACGAAAUAAAGAACAUGUUACGCGAAACAUCUAAACAUUCGCGUUUUGAAGCAUCAAGGGAUACAUCGAACCACCCAGUAAAUGAAAAGUUCCUAUUGAAGUACAUAUUGAAUUGGACGAUUAUGUUUUACAUACUACAAGCCAUCUACUUAUGCAACAUUGUAACUCAAGUGUUGACGCAAAAAGAACUUACAGAUAAGAAAUCCAAGGUCCUAAAUUGGCUGUCUUUUGCUGAAAAAUUGAAGAUAGAUUGAAAAAAAAAAAGGAAUGGAUUGAAACCAAUAAAAAAAUAUGAAUUAAUUAAAUUAUCAAAGCGUAUAUUUAUUGUCGAUUGUUGAUUUAAAAUAUGAAACUUAAUAAACUUAUGGCAU